CGUGGCUGAUUAACGAGGUCGGGGCACACUGCCCUGGCCUCGCGGUUGGGGUGACGUGGGAGACCAAGGUGCCUCUGUGAGCUUUACCGUCUCUUAUACCGCGUUGGAUUCUCCGUCGUCGCCGUAGAGCCCCGGCCAGCUCAACGCGAUGUAUCUCGGGGGACAUGGCGAAUCCAACGCGGGUAUUUCGUAUAUCAAAGACAAGAACGGCAACAUCGGACCAGCCGCUUCAAUCACCAUAGCCGAGAAGUACGGCGCGAUGGACGUUGAUCAAGGCGAGACGAUCACCUACUGCGGUAUCAACUCGAUGGAUACGACUCGCGACACCCCGGCCGACGGCGCGCAGCUCGUCCGCGGAAACAAAGCACUUUUCAAGCAUAUCGAAAAGAAGUUCAGAUCUAACACACUGAACGGGAGUAGUCGUUCCCCUACAGGCGUCGAUGGCAUGAAUCACGGACUCGCCUUGGUAUGUCCAGUUUGGGCCACGCAACUGGGUUCGGUCGGCGCUCUCAAGCCGUCUGAGAACCCUCCCGCGGGUUGUUCCAACAGCUGCAACACCGACUCCAGCCGGGCCGGCCAUCAUCAUGCUCUUCCUUUGAGACGGCCGGUCUUGGCUUGCUCGACCAUUAGAGUCACCAAGAUGGGCGCGUCUAAUCUGUUCGAAGAGGAAUGGGUGGUCCAGCUCCCGGCGGAGAUUUUCGGCCAGAGAUACGCGAUAAAGAGGCACCUCGUCAAUCCGCCGAGGGGCGACGCUGGAAGGAGAUAUCGAUUCUUCAGGCGGGCUGUGGCUGACAAGACGCUCACCCGCGCUGGCAAGGAUGUAGCAAACAUGAAGGACAUCAUGGUCAACUGCGCUCUCACGACUGACGAUGAUACCAUGUCCUGCAUACGCCCAAAUCACUGGAAACAUGCCAGCAUUGCCCACCUCACCCAACAAGCCUACCGCGGGCCUCUUACGGCUCGCGGUCAUUUCGAAUCAACGACAUCGGAACCAAGCCUUGCUGCAAUGGAAGACGCGACUAAUCCCCCGAGUGUUCCGCAAGGCUAUUGUCUGGGGGUGUUUGGGGUCUUGCAGACCGCGACUUAUCCAAUAAUCCUGCUCGGAAGCCUGCUUCAAGGCAAUUCCUCAGCUUUGCCACCAACGACCUCCGCAGGCGGGCGGCGAUUCGCGGCGCUGGACGCUGCCUUUGACAGGCUGGCGGCAUCAUUGCUCGAAUAGGAGUGCUGGAAGCCUUCAUUUUCCACGGAGGGAGCACUCCGGAUUUUGUCGGGGGCCCGCAUGGUCGCGCAGAAGGAGAUGCUCCCUCGA